CACAAUGUCUCUCACCGCACGCACAGCGACCAUCUCCCGAGCGACCAACGAGACCAAAAUCCAAAUCUCCCUCUCCCUUGACGGCGGCGUCCUCCCACCCUACGAACCCUCAACCCACUUCCCCGCCCCAACAGACCCAAAAGAAGCCGAAGCCUCCAAGAAAGGCAUUGUGCCACCCAAGGAAGCCAGCCAUGCGACCCAAUUCACCCCGACGCAGCAAAUCACCAUCAGCACCGGUAUCGGAUUCCUAGACCACAUGCUGCAUGCGCUCGCCAAGCACGGCGGGAUGAGUCUUGCGGUUCGCGCGAAGGGUGAUUUGUACAUCGACGACCACCACACAACAGAAGACACCUUCCUCGCACUCGGCGAAGCCUUCACACUAGCCCUGGGCGCACGACAAUCGCUGGAGCGCUUCGGUCGCGGCGAUGCGCCUCUCGACGAGGCCCUCUCAUGGGCCGUGAUUGACCUGUCCAGCCGGCCUUGGGCUGUUAUCAACCUUGGCUUCAAACGCGAGAAGAUCGGCGACUUGAGCACUGAGAUGAUCACGCAUGGAUUGCAGAGCUUUGCGCAGGCUGCGGGCGUUACGUUGCAUGUUGGUUGCACUUAUGGUGAUAAUGACCACCACCGUGCGGAGAGUGCGUUUAAGGCGCUUGCUGUUGCUAUUCGCAAUGCUUGUAAGCGGAGGGUUGCGGGUGAUGUUGGUGCUGGGGAUGUUGUCAGUACGAAGGGUGUUUUGUAA